AUGUCUCCAGCUUUGGUUGCUCGGGCGCUUUCGGGUUUCCGGUCUACCCUCAGAACACCUAGAGGCGGCAAUGGGCUGCAACGUGUAACAGUCAUCAAUCGCACAACUCCAUCAUUCAUGAGAUUGAGUACGGCUGGAACACCUCAGGAUACGACCCCUCAACGCCGUCCUUCUAGCACAGACAGAAGCCAGAACAAAGCCGAUACACUGGCCCUACCAGGCAACGGGGGGCGGAUCCGCAAAUACAGCAGCAUAAUCAAAGAUCCAGACGCCUGGUCGGUGGUCUCGGGGCUUGAGUCUAAUUCACCUAUCACGCUUUCAAACCCGGCAAGACCCAAGCCCCUUGUCCUCAAUCUUCACGCUCUCCGGGAUGCUUGCGCAUGCGAUAAGUGUGUGGAUCCCCAUUCAGGCCAGAAGAAUUUUGGCACCACAGAUAUCCCUGAGGAGCUAUCAGUGCUGAGCUCUAGGCGAUUGGAGGAUGCCUCUCUGGAGGUGGUGUGGGAAAACGAUUUCAUCACGUCCGAACACCACAGAUCCGUCUUUCCUGCCGAGCAGGUCAGAGAAUGGGGUUUUCCCCAAACUGCCGUGUCUCACAAACGCACCUUGCCACACGCUCGGCUGUGGGAUAGUGAAAGUUUUGCCGCCACUCCUUCAAGAGUUCAAUACGACGAUUGGAUGUCGGACGGCAGCAGAUACCACGAAGCAGUGGCACAGCUUCACAAUUACGGCCUUGUUUUCAUUGAUGGCGUUCCCAAGUCUGAGGAGUCUGUAGUUGGCAUUGCUACGCGGAUUGGGCACGUGAUGGAAACCUUUUAUGGACGAACUUGGGAUGUCCGCUCCAAGCCACAAGCCGAAAACGUUGCCUACACAAACACUUUCUUGGGCCUUCAUCAAGAUCUCCUUUACACUGCUGAUCCUCCCCGUGUACAAUUUCUUCAUUGUCUUGAGAACUCUUGCGAAGGCGGCGAAUCCAUAUUCAGUGACUCGCUCCGUGCAGCCAAGCUAAUGGAGCUCGGUCCCAGCCAUCUGUUUGACGCUCUGCAAAAGAGAAAGCUUGUUUACCAUUACAACAAAGACGGCCAUUUCUACGAGAAACGUCGCCCAGUCUUGGAUCGAUUUGGCUACAAGGUGUACUGGAGCCCCCCAUUUCAAUCACCCCAUCAAAGUAUGGGUGGACAUGAAUUCAUCACCACAUGGGUCGAGGCUGCCAAGAUGUUUCGGCAAUUCUUGGAGGAUGAAAAGUGGUUAUACGAACAUAAACUCGAGCCGGGCCAGUGCGUGAUCUUUGACAACUUAAGAGUAAUGCACGGGAGGCGGCGAUUCGACACCAGUGCCGGUAGUCGAUGGCUGAAGGGGACAUAUGUCUCCAGUGAUGAGUGGAAGAGCAAGAGGAUGACUCUCGCCAAGGAGAUUACGGAAGUCAAUGGUGAAAACAAUCCGACUCCAAGGAAGCAAGCCAGGAGGCUUAAGGCCAAACAUCAUAUCUGA